AUGGAACAACUACAGGACCCAGUUAUGCAAGAAGAUGCAAAUAUUAAAGCUAUUAAUGAAGAGUACAGGAAAGCCUUUAUUUUUAUCAAUAAAGGACUGAGUACAGAUGAACUGGGUCAGAAGGAAGAGGCAAGAAAUUGCUAUAAGCAAGGACUUGACCACUUGCUCCGAGGAGUUAGCAUUCCGUCGCAGGGCCCUGCAUGUGUAGGGUCCCAGUGGGAAUCUGCCAGGCAAAUGCAACAGAAGAUGAGGGAGACCCUCCAAAACGUUCGUGCUCGACUCUGCAUUCUGGAGCCAAACACCCCGCCUGUACAAGCAAGCCCUACUGCGAUGGAUGCCCCUGCUGGCGUGCCCAAGUUGUACCCAUCCAUUCCUUCCAAAGAAAAGCCAGAAAGACCCCCACCCCCCAAGUCUCUGUUUGCACCGACUCAGCCACCUGCAGCGGAUGGAAGUGUUGCAACUGCGAGCCAGGGCCAAGUUCCAGCUACGAGUCCAUCAUCUGCAAAACCUCUUUGUCUGCCAAAUGAAGCACCUCCUGCCUAUACUCCUCAGGCUACCAAUGGCCAUUUUACUGUGUCCUAUGGCACAGACUCCGGGGAGUUUUCUUCUGUAGGUGAGGACUACUACAGUAAGUGUACUCAGCCACCGCCCCUUGAAAACCUGGGAGUGGAUGCAGAUGAGCUCAUCUUGAUUCCCCAAGGAGUACAGAUAUUCUUCGUGACUCCUGAUGGGCAGGUUAGUGCUCCUUCCUAUCCUGGAUACCUACGCAUCGUGAAGUUCUUGGAUGCAGAUAGUGAGAUGGCCCAGAAUCGUCCACCUGCAUUUCUCCAGGUUUGUGACUGGUUGUAUCCCCUAAUGAGUAACCAGUCUCCUGUUCUGUGCUGCAAUACGGGGGUCUACAUGUUCCCUGACACGAUGUCCCAGAUACCAGGGUCCUACGUGGGAGUAGUGCUGUCUUCAGAGCUGCCGGCAGCUGACAGAGAGCUCUUUGAGGAUCUCCUAAAACAGAUGUCUGACCUUCGAAUUCAGGUGCCAGGAUCCCAUGAGAGAGUAGGGUUAUCUUCAGAGCUCCCAGCACCUGAGAGAGCGCAUUUUGAAGAUAAAUUUAAACCGAUGUCUGGCCACAAAGUCCAGCCUUCAGAAGCCUCUAGUGAUGCAGUCAACUUGCCUCAGAUUGUACAUAUCCAACCGCAACCUGAAGGAGCGGAAGAGUUGCCAGAAUGGAGUGAGAAAGUCGCCCAUGGAAUCUUGUCAGGUGCAUCUUGGGUAAGCUGGGGCCUAAUAAAAGGAGCAGAAUAUACUGGUAAAGCUAUCCACAAAGGAGCUUCCAAACUGCGAGAACACAUUCAACCAGAAGAAAAACCUGUGGAAGUCAACCCAGCUGUAGCAAAGGGGCUUCACGUAGCAAAACAGGCAACUGGAGGAGCUGUGAAAGUCAGCCAGUUCUUGGUUGAAGGUGUGUGUUCUAUUGCAAGCUAUGUGGGAAGGGAGCUGGCUCCCCAUGUGAAGAAGCAUGGCAGCAAAUUAGUUCCAGAACCCCUUAAGAAAGACAAAGAUGGAAGAUCCAAUUAUGAUGGUGCUCUGGUGGUAGCAGCAAGUGGCGUUCAAGGGCUUGCAACAGUGUGGCAAGGUUUAGAAAGUGCGGCAAAGUGCAUUACUAAAAGUGUUUCAACUGAGACUGUACAAACUGUCAAAUACAAGUAUGGAGAUGAUGCUGGCAAAGCUACAGACAACGCUAUGAAGUCUGCAAUCAACGUUGGUGUGACAGCAUUGAACAUUGACAAUAUCGGUAUCAAAGCUGUUGUACAGAGAACUGCAAAGGAAACCGGCCAUGCGGUGUUAAAUGAAUAUCAAGUAUUGGAUAAUGAGAAGAAGGAUAAAAAAUGAAAGUCACGGAAUAUUUCUCAAAGCCUUACCUUAGAGAGGAAACUUCUUAUUUAG